GAAGGUCUGGGCUGGAGCUCUUUGGCCAUUAUCUUUGGGUUUAGGGAAAGAUUAUUCGGGGAAAGCUUCCUCAGACACAGACAGAACUUAAGAUCUCGCUUCCCAGGACGGCGAAGGUUGACGGCUGGUCGCUGUCUGCCUGUGGCUGUCACACGCUAAACCCACCCUAUCUCUCCCCUUUACUCGGAAAUUUGGGGCGGACUUCACUGUGCUCGGACGUGGCGCCAGCAUCCUCCAACCCGGGAAGUGAAUCAUCGGGACUCAGUGCUGAACCGUGUAGAGACCCAGAGCGAUCACUGUUUCGUGGUGAAGCCAGUUCUCCUGAAGUGGACAAUCCAUCGUAGUACAGUAUCGCCUUCCUCCCUAGUCCUCCGGAAAUCUUGAGUCAGCCCUGUUUUUCUUUGGAAGUCUUGGUGUACAUUUUUAUUAAGAAAAAAAUGACUACUCUUACAAGUUUAGAAACCAAAGUCACCCUUACUUCAACCCCAGUCCGAGGAGCAGGAGAUGGAAUGGAAACUGAGGAGCCACCUAAGUCUGUUGAAGUCACCUCUGGAGUCCAACCCAUAAAACACCGUAUCCUUCAGAGUCCACGAAAGAAAGCAGUUCCCUCAGAGAGCCCAGGAGUUCUUCAACUAGGGAAGAUUCUCACUGAAAAAGCAGUGGAAGUUGAAGCUGUACGAAUAUUUGUUCCUAAAGCUGCUAUAACCCACGAUAUCCCUAACAAAAAUGCAAAAAUUAAGUCUCUGGGAUAUCAUAAAGGAGAAUUCCUUGGUCAUUCAGAGGGAGUUAUAGAGCCUAGAAAGGAACUCUCAGAGGUAAAGAACACAUUGGAAAAGCUCAAGAACUCUGAAAGGAGGUUACUACAGGACAAAGAAGGUCUUUCAAACCAGCUCCGAGUACAGACAGAGGUAAAUCGCGAGUUAAAAAAGUUGCUGGUGGCUUCUGUUGGGGAUGAUCUUCAGUAUCACUUUGAACGUCUAGCCCGUGAGAAGAAUCAACUUAUUUUAGAAAAUGAAGCCCUAAGUCGAAACACAGCUCAGCUCUCUGAACAGUUAGAACGUAUGUCAAUACAGUGUGAUGUGUGGCGAAGUAAAUUCCUUGCAAGCAGGGUAAUGGCAGAUGAGCUAACCAACUCCAAAGCAGCUUUACAGCGUCAAAACCGUGAUGCACAAAGUGCUAUCCAAGAUCUCCUGAGUGAACGGGAGCAGUUUCGCCAGGAAAUGAUAGCUACCCAGAAAUUUUUGGAGGAGCUCUUGGUUUCCUUGCAGUGGGGAAGAGAGCAGACUUACUCCCCUAGUGCCCAGCCCCACAGCACAGCAGAACUGGCAUUAACCAAUCACAAACUGGCAAAAGCAGUACAUUCUCAUCUUCUGGGAAAUGUUGGCAUCAGCAAUCAAAAGAAGAUUCCAUCAACAGUUGAAUUCUGCAGCACCCCAGCAGAGAAGAUGGCUGAAAAGGUUCUGCGCAUUCUGGAUCCAGUUACCUGUACAGAAAGCUCAGCUGACAGUCCGUUUGCUGAGUCUUCAACAACCACAUUACUUGCUGCAAAGAAAAAUAUUGGACGAUUUCAUCCCUAUACUAGAUAUGAGAAUAUAACUUUCAAUUGUUGUAAUCACUGCCAGGGAGAACUUAUUGCCCUUUGACAUUCAACAUGUUGGAGACAUAUUUAUUACCGAAGAGUCAUUAUUAUUUGGGAGCUGGGGUUCUUAUGAUGCUAGAGGUAAUAUCAUGUCCUCUUUACAUAAUGUGUAUCCACAGAGCUAUUUUAUAGACUCCACAUUACCCUGUCUUAAUAAAUAUCUCAGGUAAGAAAAGAAUGAAACUUACGUUCAUCUGUUUAGACCAGAGAGUACUUUGCAGGCAGUACAUAGUGUUUAUGCCAAAAGACUAAAACAUUUUUAUAACUUUCUUUGAGACCCUAAAUUGGUAUUUAUCAUGUUAGAUAUUUUAUAUGGACUAGUGUCAUUUUGCUACACUAAAGGAAAAACAGGCAUGAGUCAGAUGUGGCCACACCAACACUACUGUCCAGUCUGCUUCUGCAUUGCAACAGCAGAGUUGACUAAUUACACCAGAGCUUUUUUUAGCCUGUGAAGCCAUGCAAAAGUUCUCUGAGGCCUACUCCCCACUCUUAAAUUGAGUAGCUGAGAGGGUAAGCAAUAGAUUGUGUUUCCUUUAUGGCAGUUUUUCAGGCUACAAAAUAGGCCUACAAAAAUACUAAGGGUGAAGGGGCUAAUCUUGUGAAACUAAAUGCUAUAAAGAAAAUAAGUAUUUUAGAGCUAAAUUAGUAAGUACUUCAACAAAACAUGUUCUCAAGUUGCUUCUUUCAAGGGAGUCUGUAUUUUGAAUGGGUACAAUCUAACAUAUAUAAAAGAAACAAAUUCUUAACUAUUGAUUCAUUAUGGCAAACAACUCAAAACAAGAAUAUCAAACUUAAUACUUGCCAUGUAUGGUAGAGAAGGUAGAAUCAGGAAUAUUGUAUAAACUCAGAACUCCAAUCCAUCAAUAUAUAUUAUGUAAUAUGUAUUUAUAUGAUGAACCAUUGUAAAAUGCCCUUUUAUUGGCUUUUUAAAAUAUUCAUAAACUAUUUAUGCUGAAUUAUACAAAUUAUUUGAAGUGGCUACCAGAGAAAUCUUCAAAAGACAAAUCAGGUCAAAUACUAAUAUAUUUUAAUGUUAUCCUGAAGGUAUUUUGUGGACUGAAUCAUACAAUAAAUUUCUCUACUUUCUUUAUCGUGAA